AUGGGCAAUGCGCUGGUCCCGCCGGACGUCUUUGGCACCGAGCAUUGGGUCUACGUCGAGUGCGAGCGCAUUACCUUAGCCUGGCACGUCCGACCGAUCCCAUCGGGCCGCACAGUGGCGUCGAUGCACGUUCAGCCGAACCUCCUUUCCGCAAGCGUCCAACCCUGGAUGCUCGUCUCGAGCUUCCGCGAGCAUAUCGUGUCCAAGCGCGAAGCCGAUGCAGGCUCCGCGACGUACAUCUUGUCGUACGUCUGCUUUGCGUUUGCCGGUACCUGGAACUACGGCUUUGUCACGGGCAGUCAGUGGCGAGAGGCCACGGGCUACGAGCUCGUCAUCAAGGCAGAGACGGGCGCGGUCCUCAUUUCCUUGAACGACCCGACACUGCAGGUGCUGACUCUGGCCGGCUACGCGUUGCGGCCCUUUGAUGCGCUGCCGCUGGCGUCGCACCCCGUCACGGCAGUGCAGACGGACACGGCGACGAUCGUGGACCACUUUCUUGCCCAUGGCCGUAACGCAGCGCUCGACUACGCGGCUCUCGAUCUCUUGAGCGCGCAUUUGUCACCGCCGCCGGCAACCGACAUGCUUUUGCCAUGCAUCCUUCUCGACGGGACGCAGUGCGAGUUCUCGGUCGCUCAAAUCCUCGAUGUUGCCCAUGCGACCUUUCAACGGCGGGGAAGAGAAGACACGCGGGCACUGCGACGACCAGUUGCUGGCGGGCUACGUCCGCGCGACGUCGACGACACGACAGGACAAGAGCGUCCGACCAAGUUGAUCAAGUCGUAUCAAACCAACGAUGCGGGCACGCUGACGGCAGCCGACGUCCCCGACCUCGAGCGAGCUCGAGUGGGCGCAAUGCUCCAGACGACCAAGCUUGCGACCAUUUUUGACCACUAUGGCGGCUUUCCACCGUUUGUCUACGUCCGCAAGGAGAUGAAGAUGGCGUGGGACCUCUUGCGCGUCAACUUUACGCUGUAUGAGAACGGAGACGGCGGGGCGUUUGCUGCGCUCCAAGUCGCCGCGAGCAAUGCCGCGGGCAACGCCGCGGGCAUCACCACGUCACCCGCGAUGCCUCCAGUGUCGUGGCUACCCCUGCUUGUCACGGGGUCGCCGGGCGUCGGCAAGUCGGUGCUGCUCGUGCUCUUUUGCGCUUACCUCGGCGUGUACCAUGAUUUCAACCUUCUGCUCUUGCGCGCUGUAAAGAGCCAAGCCACCGUCAGCACGGACGCCGUCGCUCGCACGGACGCUGUUCUUUGGUUUCGCGGCGGCCACGUCACAAAGUACCCGUGCUUUGACCGGCAAAACCUCUCGGAUCUCAUGGAGACGUUUCGAGCAGAAAGCCGGGUCCACCGGAAAAAAAGUACCUCCUCGUCGGCGACGGCUACCUCGAGUCGGACAUUCGCCACUCGUGUGCGGUGA